GGAGAAAAAAAAAAAAAAAACUACUAUUUUUAUCUCUGUGGUGGUACAUCAAAUUCUUUUUAUUUUUUCCUUCUUAUUAUAUAUCUUUAGCUGUUGUGUUAUGCUAACCAUACAAAACUUUUCUGACACUCUUCUGCAUCACCCACACCCACAGAACAUUCAAGAAGCCGUCAAUCGCACGAUCGCCGAUUCAGCUUUUCGUAAAGAUCUCGGCAGCUCGUUGUCCUUUUGGAAAGCUGUGCAGAUCGUUCUUCCACAAUGGAAGAUGGAUUCUACCAAACAAGAAUGUCUCAUUGGGUUGCUCAAACUUAUUCGUAACGCAGUGGCUCACGAACCGACCAACCAACAGCUCGCCGUCGAUCAUGGAGCAUUGUCGGAAAUCGAUAACAUAAUGUAUACCCAUGCUGACGGUCAACACGCGACACUGUUGCAGAUCAGUUUGCAAGCCGUGUGCAAUAUCCUUACGGGGAACGAUGCGAUCAUUGAAACAAAAUGGACUGAGUGGAUGCAUCAAUCGCAAUACGAAUCGUGGUGGAAUCAUGUGUUGACACUGAACAGUGAUGCCGUGGUAUUGACUGCGUUUAUCUUGAUCCUGAACUGUAUCCGCGGAAAUGCAGGACGUGGACGUGUAUUGGUUCAGUGUACCAACGGGCACGCGCUGUUGACAGCCAUGCUUGAUGAUAUGGAACGCUUGCACGUUAGUGAAGGACAACACUUUGAAAUAGGAUAUGCUAUCGUUAGUCAACUGAUCGCAGAAGGUCAUUUCCUGACUCUCUUUAACGCUAUGCAGACCAACGAAGAAAUCAACAGUCGUCAGACGAUCCUGCUUAAAUUGUUGGAUUCCAAACUUCACAUGCACAAAGGAACCUUCCCUGAAUUCAUCGGUCAUGAAGAAGCCGCCUUGUUUAGCCACGUUUUUGGAAACUUGGCAAAGACGGCCAUGGCGAUUAUGAAACAGGUCAAAGAGAGCCACGCAGACAAAAAGUCGGAUCUGGACAUGGAUCGUGUCGGUACCAUCUACACGAGUCUAGUGUUGGUUCUUCAAAUCCUGAAUCACUUGAUAACGUGGGAGGACGAACAACCGCGGUUACAGUUCACCGACGUCCUGGUUGGGGAUGAUGCGCUGACCGUUGCUACUGAUCUUCUGAGGCAUUGCGAGGGCAUAAACCUGCCGUCUUCACAGGAUGCCAAGGACUCUCAAAUCGGAUUUGAUUAUUUAAAACGGGAGAGUGUACGAUUACUUGGCUCCUUGUGUUAUGGCAAUCGAGCUAUGCAAGACAAGUUGCGCCAAAUCGGUGGAAUUCCCCUUAUUCUCAGUCAAUGCAAGAUUGAUGAUAGUAAUCCUUAUGUUCGAGAGUAUGCGGUUGUAGCGCUACGUCAUUUAUUAGAAGGCAAUCUCGAAAACCAAAAAUUGAUUGAGGAGCUCAAACCAAUGGAAGCGGUGCAGACCCCAGAAUUGGAUGAAAUGGGAUUGAAAGCGACGUUGGUGGACGGCAAAGUCCAGCUUUCGAAAAAGCACUAGUAUAAAAUAGAAAAAGAAAAAAAAUUGAAUGGGGUGCAUGUUCGCCGGAACCCCAAAUUUCGUUCUUUUCUAUAUAAAGCCAACGGGGAGCGGAGACGAGAGAACUUCUCUGC